UUUUCACACUUGUCUGCACUCUUAUUUUAGUGUCAAAGACUAUUGAAGUCUUCAGUGUGUUUACUCCUAUAGAAAUGCAUAGGUGGUCUUUUUACUACAAUAGAAAUAGAGCAUGAAAUGACAAAUCUAUAGCUGGUAGAUGUUGUUGAUUUGGGGUUCCAUAUGCUUGAACGCAGGGUUAGAGAGAUAUUGGAGAGUGCAGGAAUGUCACAAGAGAGCUUACCGUCAAAUGUGGUCUCUUCAGCUCAAGUUCUUGCAAAUGUGGCAAAUUUGUUGAACAUACGGGACACUGAACUGAGCAGGUAUACAGCUUGUGGAGCGAAUAUCUGAAGGAUUCGAAGGAGGGAAAUCUAUUGGGUACUAACAGAAUGAUUGGGACAAAGAUUGGUUCUACCUGGUAUAAAGCUUAGAACCAAAAUCAUGAAGAUUCUGAGGAAACUCUUGCUGUUUCGUUUACCCAAGGUUGAGUUCAAUGCCAUUUCUACUUUCUUGAGAGAAAUUGCGAAGACAGAUAUGAGGGAUGAUAUGGAGGAAUUAUAGGUAGAGAGGGGAAUUUAAAGGAAAGGUUUUGGGCAGGAUAGUCAUAUGCUUGUGUUCACUAUAUAGCUUUUAUGACCAUUACUCUUCGUCUCUUGCUCCAAAUUAAGAUCUGUGGCAUUUUAUUUUCAUAUUAUACAACAGUGUGAAAGUUACUAGAAAAGUAGUUCUAACUUCUAUUUCCCAUCUUUUUUAUGGUAGGUUAAUUGUUGACAUCCCGAAUCUCCCUGCCAUGAUUUGUUGCAUAAAAGGUAAAAAUUUGUCUCUUGGUUACGCUUACUGACAGGGCAUGUAACCUACCUAGGGCCCCUACUUGGGUAAUCUUGCCCACCACCCCUCUACACCCAGUCUGGUAGUCUCAUUGGAUCAUCAAAUAUUGGGACCAUUUUGCAUAACUUGAUCUUGUCAGUUCUUGUAGUACAAUAUAAAUUUGACUAUAAAACUUGGAAGUAAGUUACCCCUUAAGACCAAACAUCAUCAUCAGCUACCAUUCCUUGCAGGAUGGAUACAGGCUGUCCUAAACACAUGCUGUAACCAAGAGAAUAAAUUUAAUCUUGUUGCGUAUGCAUGUUUCAGGUCUCUCUUGCGAGUUGGUUCUGUUCGUGUGCUUUUGCCAUAAGUGGCCUAAGAAAGUAAAACUACAAAUAUUAAAGUUUCCUUAAAUUUGCAACUAAUUACUUCCAAUUCUAUUAGAACUAGAUCCAAAACUAUCUUUCUUUCUUAAAAAAAAAAAAAAGGUAUUAACCCUGCGCAGACCUAGAAGAUUUAGUUUCUCUAACUUAUAUAGUCAAAAAAGAAAAUCUGAAAAGACGUUUGAUCAAUGGCUAGAAACGUAUCGUCGUGGUCAUCCCUUUCUUGUUUGCCCGACGAGAUGGUUCUGAACUGCUUAGUCCGCGUCCCGAGACGGUACUACGAAAACGUCGCUUGCGUCUCGAGAAGGCUCAGGUCCCUUGUGCGCACGCCUGAGCUCUACCGGAUGCGAUCCCUCCUCCACAAGGAUUCCGUCUACGUCUGCUUCUGCGAUAGGGAGAAUUAUUCUACUGAUGCCACCUAUCUUUGGUUCACUCUCCGUCCAACGAGGACAACGGGGUAUCAAUUGGUCCCGAUCUCGUUCCCUAGUCAUUGUUUCAUGUUCCGAUCUUCCACGGUCGCGGUGGAUUCAGAGAUAUACUUUGUGGGCGGACGUCCAAACCCGACCGAGCUGUGGAUCCUUGAUACCCGGUCUGGCAAGUUACGUCAGGGCCCGAUCAAGCCGGAGUCCCGACGAAUUGCGUCCAGCAACGCCGUGGGAGUAUUCGGCGGAAAGAUAUAUGUAAUCCAAGACUUGAUACAAGAUGAGACCGAAGAGCAGGUUUACGACCUAGAAACGCAAACUUGGAAAGUUGUAGGAGUCCCUGUCCCUGACGAGAAAGUGGAUACUAAACCGAUGAUGGCGUCAAGUGUAUCACUGGAGGGGAAGGUUUAUGCUAUGGAUAAUGAUAGUAUCAUUGUCUACAAUCUGAGACAAGGUACAAGAAAGGAGAAACUGGAUAUGCCAAUUGAUGGGAAUUGGGUUUGGUGCAUAUGUGUGGCAAACAAUGUGCUCUUUGCUUUUUUUACCAAAUGUGGGCUAAUGUGGCUUGACACAAAGCUUAACGUAUGGAGAGUGGUUACUGGUGAUGUGCAGACACUGCAGCGAAAGUUGUAUGGCUCUGCAAUGGCGGAAUAUUAUGGGAAGCUAGCUAUUUUCUGGAGAGAAAGAGACAUUAGUACUACUAUUACUACAAAGAAGAGGAAGAAGAUGAAUAAUAAUAACAAGGAGGAGAAGAUCUGGUGUGCAUUGAUCGCGUUGGAUAGGGUUGGAGAAGGAAUUAGCGGGACGGUUGAAUGGUCUGGUGUCGUUGCCACCAUCCCAUAUGUUUGUCAGUUCUUGCAUUGUUUAGUUGCUUCGGACUAAUAAAUAAUUUGGCCCGCUGGCCGCAGGUUUGUUCGAUGAAAUUGCGUAUAAGAAAGGCUUUGUAUCAUGGAACAAAAAGACGUUUCUUCUUAUCCCAUACAGACUCUUUUUGCUUGCCAAACACAUCACUAUUUUAUCUCGGGGCUAUUUUUAAAUAAGCAUAAGUAUAGAGAUGAGUUAGUAAAUAUCCCAAAAUACAGG